AUGACCGAUUCCAAUGCCCAAGUCGCCAAGCAGGCGCGCGAUCCCGCCGCCACUUCACCGGCUCCGAGGAAUAAACUUACCGAAGAUAUUAUUGUGAAUCUCGGCCCUGCUACUGUCGUCGAUGCGCUGAACACAGCCACUGGUGCCCUCCGUACGUCCUUGGACAAUGCCUCCCCCAACGAGCGAGAUUUCAUCAAUCGCACAGCCCUUGCGUCAUACACAAUCUGGGGAUGGUUCGAGGAACUUCAGUCUUGGCCGUGGCCCUCCGAGUCGGGGUCUGCUGGGUUUCUAAUGCCCAGUGACGAAGAGCGCAAACGAAGAUCAAUGCAACUUACUGUCCCAGGGGACGGUGACGAUCAGUGGAUGGGGAGUUUGCUUGCUCGAGAUGUGUCAAAAUACGAGCAGAGGCUGGCUCAAAUUCAGCGUGAUUUGUCAGAUCUUGAUCUCGAAGACAUUAAAAUACAUGUCCUCAACCAUCAUAUUCUUCCUUUAUCCAGGCCAGGUACACCACUUGCCGAAUUCACUGGAGCCGGUCAGCUAUCGCGCUCCAGCUAUAAUCGCAUGGAGGACCACACUGCGGUGAUUACUGCGAUUGUUCUGAAGGCGCUGCCCGUCUUGGAUAAGUUGACUCGCCUACUACACACUUGGAACCUACGACUUUGCGCUCUGCGCCGCGUACCAACUGUUCUACUUGCCCUUGAGGAAGCUGAAGUUGCUCUUAAAUCUGCCUUUAAGGCUAUUUCUAUCCCCACAAAAGACACGCCCAAGAAAGACGACAACACUCCUUUGCAAGAUUCGGCGCUUACGAGAGAUACAUUUGAUGUGAUGAAGGGGCAUCUCGGCGAACUGAUCGUUCGUCCUGGCCGAUCGCUUGAUUAUAUGCUGGACUGUUUGGAAGGACUACCUGACACGCUCCCCAGUGAUUGGUUGGAUCGAAUGGAAGCUGUAGAGUCGAGCUAUGGUGAAUGGGUUGUGGUAUGUGAGAGGAAGAUCAGACACACUGAAAGGACUGCUCCUCCCGAACCAUCGCAGCCUCCUCGUUCUCCAUCACCAGUGAAACAAAACACAGCAGCUGACAAGUCUACUACACUCGUCGACAGUAUGAUUGACGAUGAAUCUGAUAACGACGAUGAAAGCUCUGUCAAUGCUGGGGCUGGUGUUGUGCCCAUUCCGUUGCUUCUACCGCCCAAGAAAGUGACAGUUACUGGCCUCGACAACUCGGCUACGGAACCGACGAAAGCUAGAGUGCCUUCUGGCGUUUCGGAGUCUGAGACAGUUGUACCAGAGUGGUAUAGGAGAGAUCCAUCAUCGGAGAGUGAGCCCGAGAGCCCUUCAUUUCUCCCCAUCGAAGAAGUGGACGAAUCCUAUGAGGCUGAGAACGACACCUUUGACGGCACCAGAGACGUCGUCCCAGUCCAGUCCCAAGUACCAACACCAAGUAUCGAGCAGGACUUCAACUUCUCGAUAAUGUCAACUCAGUACCCCGAAACACCUGAUCAUAGCUUCACACACCAUUUCGAUCGGGAGAUCUCUCCUGAAUUACCACCCCUACGACCUUUUCCUCUUCCAAGGCAGAAGAUUGAUCCAUCCCGGACUCUUACUGUCACUCAGCCUUCGUCGAGCUAUUUCGGCGGCCUAUCUAGCGACCCCCUCGAGGUAUCUGCUUCUCCUGACAUUCCUCGAACCCGAAUUCGCGAAGCGGAGUACACCCAGGCUAGUCCCCCCAGUACUCCACCCAUGUUGCCUAUGGGUUCACGGGAAUCCUCUCUAGCACCUCUGGAUAGCCCUCUAUUGCCAGAUCGGAACAUCGAUGAUCUAGAUAUGUCCAAUAUGCGAAUUGAGGAUUCGUUCAACGAAGACUUUGACGAUUCAUUUUCAAUCGCUGAGUACCCUACUACUUUCGACCGCCGCAGUAGCGUUGGCGAUCAGCAUCUGCAACAACAAAUCAGUCAGAUCAUUGACUCGAUACCCGCCAAGAUCAAGCUAACUAAUGACUCGUCUUCGAGAGUCAACCUGAAUCCUCCGGAUAUGCAGCUGCCACGUAUUAGAAAGAGGCCUUCCAUCGAGCCUUUCCGAAGAAGCGCUUCAAAUCUUUCAUCCCGCGCUGGCACGCCCUCAUUCACCCUUUCGCCUGCCAAGAACACGAGGGUACGAAACCGUGGCCACCACGAGAUAAAGGUCUACCAUCUUUCUCGGUCGUCCGGUGAGGCUCCAAUCAAAUUGUUCAUUCGCUGUGUUGGCGAGCAGGGCGAACGCGUCAUGGUUCGUGUGGGUGGCGGCUGGGCAGAUCUAGGCGAAUAUCUCAAAGAGUAUGCUAGCCAUCACAAACGCCGAUCUGCUACGACCAACGCCAAAGUUGAGGUUCUUCCAGAAUCUCCUGGCGCGUCAAGGUCUAAUAUGGGCUCAAGUCCAAAUGGACGACCUCAAUCUGCGGUUGAAUUGUCUCCUAUGUCCCCUUUGUCUGUCCGUAAGACGCGACGGAGCAUUGGUGCCGUGGGUAGUGAAGCACCUAGGCUGAAUUCAAAAACGUACGCCUUUGGCCCUGCACUUGGUGAGGAGGAUCCUUCGGAAGUCUUUAACCGGUCGCGGUCCAACUCUCACCUUGAUUGGAAUGAAGACGAGAGCUCUUUCCUUGGACUUGCGGGGCCUACAGGCAAAAAGGUUGAGAUGAGUGAGGAGAACAAAGCAUGGGUCGCAAGUGUCAAGGAAAAGGUCAGAAUCGCUAGCGGCGAGCGAAGUCGACUACCAUCAACGAGCAGCCAAUUUGGCGAGCUCGGUAGAAUUGGUGGCACGAAGCGACUGUUCCUCAAGUCUGAGGACCGUCGGGAAUCGAAAGGCGGUCGAGAAUCGAGAGGAGGCCGAGAAUCACGAGGAAGUGUCAGAUGA